UUAUACAACGGAGAAACGAAGCAAGAUUUAUGUUACAAUUGAUCACCACUACGGUCAAUACAAUGUAUACAUACAUGUUUUUUUUUCUCAUUCCGGCACAAUCCCGUUAAUACCUUCAAUGACACAAAGUGCGCCACACUAUAGCGCUAAACAAAAAUUGUCAUUUUUCUUUUUUUUUUUUUUGAUUGAAAGCAUGAUAGCCACUCACCAAAGCCUUGUCGGUCACCGUAAAGCCCAAUCCAACUACGUGUUUCCUUUGUCAAGAGCAUUGCUUUCUUUUGAGUUCAUUUAUAUUUUUUACAAGUGGUUACGUAGAUGUAACGUUGCAAAGUACGAUGCCGUACGCUCAACUCCAAAUAUUAAGUGCAAUAUGUUCUCGUUUAUGAUAUCCGUAAUGAUGUAAAACUUUUUGUAUAGUCAUCAUUCAUAAUGGCCGGGUUUCUUUUCUUAUUAAGCUGGUAUGCG